CCUCCUCCUACCUCCUCCUACUCGUCCUCCCCCUUCCCUCCUAUCAUACCUUUCCUUUGCUUCUUCAUUCAGUUAUACUAUGUCAUGGCCGAGGGGUCUUUACUUCGUCCUUGUCUUUACUACUCGUUUAUCUACUCGCUUUCCAGUUCAUCUAAUCGCUUAUCGUCCCCUGUACACCUACCCUAGGCUCGUCCUCCCUCCCUCCUCACCGUCCUUCCUCCCUCCUCCCCGUCCUCCCUCCCUCCUCACCUAUGCCCAUGCUGACCGCUUUUCCCAGUCUUUACUUCUGAAUGCAAUCCCGGCAUUGUGUUUUUUUGGAGUCGUCUUUUGUCCUAGUAGGCUGCGCUUUGAGGUCCAGUAGACCGCGCUUCACUCGGUUGACUGCGCUUCGAAGCUCGGUUGACUGCGCUUCGAAGCUCGGUCGACUGCGCUCCGAGGCUUAGUACACGGCGCAUCAAGGUUCAGUAGACUGUCUAUUAAUCCCCCUCACCUACACCUCCCCUCCCCUCCUCACCACCCUGUUCCUCCCCCUCACCCCUCACCUACACCUCCCC